AUGAUCUACAAGGAGACAUUGAGAUCACUUCACUCGAACCACCACUUUUUAUUCCAAUCUCUCGUUUAUCAUGCAUUAGGUUUCAAUAUGCCAGACCUAAAUCGAGAUCAGGUCAUGCCCAUUGCAGUCGUUGGCAUUGGGGGUCGAUUCCCCGGGGAUGCAUCAAACCCAGACCGACUCUGGGAAAUCCUCCUCAAGGGAGAGAGCACUCUUUCCAAAACCCCCAAAGACCGCUUCAAUGUGGAUGCAUUUUAUCACCCGCAAGCUGAGCGUCAAGGCACUCAGAACUUCCACGAAGGACACUUCAUGAACCGCCCGAUCGAUGCCUUCGAUGCCCCGUUCUUCUCUAUUACACCUGCCGAAGCGAGGGCUAUGGAUCCCCAGCAGCGGAUGUGUCUCGAAGUAGCGUAUGAAGCUAUGGAAAAUGCGGGUAUACGGCUCAAUCGAGCAUCGGCCUCCAGCACCUCAUGCUACGUGGGAUGCUUCAACCAUGAUUACAUGAAUCUACUCAACCGAGACCCCGAGAAUCUCCCGUUCUAUAGCGCGACAGGUACCGAGGCUUCCUGCCUUUCGAACCGGGUUUCCUGGUUCUUCAACUUAGCGGGACCGAGUAUGACGGUGGACACGGCGUGCUCGUCUUCGUUGAUAGCGCUUCAUCUUGCUUGUCAGAGCCUACGUACAGGGGAGUCUGAAAUGUCCCUUGUUGGAGGUGCUAAUAUUAUGUCCUCUAUGGAAAUGAACAUGCAACUAUCCAAUCUUCAGAUGAUCUCCCCUGAUGGCAAGUCCCAAACUUUCGAUGAGAAGGCUAAUGGGUAUGGUCGUGGCGAAGGAAUCUGCUUCGUGGUCAUCAAGUCCCUGGACAAAGCACUCAGAGAUAGCGACGUUAUCCGAGCCGUGAUCCUCAAUACUGGAAGCAAUCAAGACGGCCACACGCCAGGACUAACCUUGCCUUCGAGAAACAUGCAAAAAUGCCUCAUUCGGAAGGUCUAUGAAGAGGCUGGUCUGAGAAUGGAAGAGACUGGCUAUUUCGAAGCUCAUGCAAGGACAGCGGCCGGAGAUUCGACCGAAACAAGAGCACUUGGAGAGACUAUAGGAAAGUCGAGGUCAGCUGGCGAGCCGCUCUGGAUUGGAUCGAUCAAGUCGAAUAUUGGCCAUCUAGAAGGCGGCAGCGGAUUGGCAGCUCUGAUCAAGACAGUCUAUGUUCUGGAGCAGGGUGUCAUUCCGCCGCAGAUUUGGUUUGACAAGCUCAACCCGCGGAUUAGUCUGGAAGAGUGGAAUCUCGCUGUCCCCACGCAGGUCACCCCCUGGCCGUGCUCGGGCCCCCGGAGAGCGAGUGUCAAUUCGUUUGGAUUCGCUGGUGCAAAUGCACACAUUAUCCUGGAGGAUGCGAGGUCUUACUUGGCGAGAAGGAAUAUUUGCGGUAGGAGCAGCUCCACUGGCUCUUUGGCAAUCAGCCCCGUGCCAUCCCAGACCUCGAAUGAUUCUGGUUUUGGACCAGAGCGAGAUAAGGAGACCCCGACUAAGCCGUUUCCCCAGUUGCUCGUUUGGUCGGCGCAUGAGCAGCCUGGCCUCAAGCGCGUAUACGAGUCGUGGAGCCAAUACCUUGAGAGUAAAGCGGGCACCCUGAGCCUUCUCGAUCGCAAGAGACUUCUCACCGACCUGUCAUAUACUGCUGCGGAGAGACGAACGAGAUUUCCCUGGCGCUCAUUCACAGUUUGCUCCAUGCCAGAGGGAAUUAUCAAUGGGGCAUCCAGGAUCCCUCCUCCGGUGCGCUCUUCCCAGAGUCCGCGCGUGGCUUUCGUCUUCACCGGACAGGGGGCGCAGCACCAUGCGAUGGGUCGAAGUUUGAUGAAAUAUGAGGUCUACUCCACCAGUAUGAAUGCCGCAGAUGCACAUCUCAAAUCGCUCGGCUGUUCUUGGUCAUUGCUUGAGGAACUCUCACACGAUGCUGAGUCUUCCCGGGUGGGCUCAGCUGAGUUCAGCCAGCCGCUUUGUACUGCUCUCCAGGUCGCGCUAGUUGACCUCCUCCAAAGUUUGGGAGUCUGGCCACCUGAGGUUGUUAUUGGACAUUCCGGAGGCGAGACGGCUGCCGCUUAUGCGAAAGGGGCACUCACACGAGAAUCCGCGUGGACCGUGGCGUAUCAUCGCGGGCGCGUAUGCACCAUGGUCCCUGAGCUUGAUCCAGAGCUUGAAGGAGACAUGCUCGCCGCUGGUAUAAGUGAGAACCAAGCACUGGAAUAUAUCAAUCAUCUCAACUCUGGAGAACUGGUUGUGGCCUGCGUCAAUAGCCCCAGCAGUGUCACACUCUCUGGGGAUGUACCAGCAAUCGUUGAGGCCGAGAAGAUGAUAAAGGCAGAUGGCCAUUUAGCUAAGCGACUUGGUGUCAACAGGGCAUACCAUUCAUCCCACAUGAAGGCUGUGAGCAAGCUCUACCGUCAUCUUCUCAAGGAUAUAUAUCCACUACCGGAAAGCUCUGGUGGUCCCAAGAUGUUCUCAUGUGUCACUGGAACACUGAUCAACAACUGUGAUCUCGGGGGGAACUAUUGGGUAACGAACCUUCUCAGCCAAGUCAAAUUCACCCAGGCUCUUGGGGGGCUGAUAAGCCAUUCAAAAAGUGGAAGAGUGAACCAUCGCAAGGGAUAUUGUUAUGUGAGCUUGAUGCUCGAAAUCGGUCCACAUGGUGCCAUGCAAGGUCCUAUCAAGCAGAAUUUGAAAGCAACCGGGGCAAAGUGCACAAGUGUCUCCGUUCUGGACCGGAAGGAAGACGCUGCCCACUCCCUUCUGGAGGCAAUUGGUGUUCUCUUUCAGCAUGGUUACGACGGUGACAUCGCCGCUGCAAAUCGUCCAGGUGCAGAUAUAAGUCCGAGGCUCCUGGUUGACCUGCCACCAUUUCCGUGGAAUCAUUCUAAUCGAUACUGGCACGAGUCGGCCCUUGUGUCGGACUAUCGGUUCAGAAAGUUCCCCCGGAAAGACCUUCUGGGAGUACGGGACAAUGACAACAACGAAUACCAACUAAGAUGGCGCCACUUUCUACGUCUCUCCGAGAAUCCAUGGAUAGAGGAUCAUCAAGUCGAAAACAACAUUAUAUACCCGGCUGCUGGUAUGGUGGCGAUGGCGAUUGAAGCAUGCAGAGAAACAAGUGAAGUUGACAAGAUUGCCGACACUUAUGAGCUUCGUGACGUGAGGAUCAAAACUGCGAUUAUGGUCCCCAGAGGUGAGGAGGGUGUGGAGACCAGCAUUCAGCUUCACGCAAGCUCAGAUUCAUGGCAAAGGUUCUCGAUUUACUCCAGAGUUGGUAGAAGCCCGUGGUCCCUCAACUGCUCCGGUCUGUUGCGAAUAAACUACAAGACAGACGGGAGGCCAGCAGGAUUUCUCAAUGAAGACGAGAUUGCCACGGCUGUGUACAAAGCGGAAUACGAGCGGGCUGGUCCAAUCUGUACUGAAUCUCUAUCCACACACGACUUCUAUGAACAGCAAUCGGCACUAGGAUUCCAAUUUGGCGAGUGGUUCCAAAACGUUCAGGGCAUCCGUAAAUGCCCAGAUCAAAUGGUCUUUGCCGUUCGCACUCCGAAUAUCGCAAACAGUAUGCCCCGUUGCUUCACCCAUGACCAUCUGAUUCACCCAUGCACGCUUGACUCCCUCAUUCACGCGUCCCUUGCCCUUCUGAACAAUGACCGGGCCAACGGGCCAGCAGUGCCCAUCUCCAUCGAGAGAAUUCUUGUUUCGGCGGGUAUUUCGUCCGAUCCGGGUACCGUCUUCCGUGCACACUCGACUGCCCGACCAGACGGCCUUCGAGAUUCUAAAAUCACUGUUCGUGCAUUGACUGGAGAACGGGAUAGAUUAGCCGUUUUGCUUGAGCAUGUCAAAGUCGUGCGUCUGGGGGACAGUCCUGGUAUCCAGGAUCUGAAGUCGGGCUUGACAAAGAUAGCGAGUAAGAUGCAUUGGGAUGUGGACGUCUCCCACCUCAGCCCCCUCCCUUUCCCAACAAAUUCCAUCGUGUCAAUUAAGGCAACCACUUCGCUGGGACGGUUAUUUCAGCUUCUAGGACAUAAAUAUCCAGAUCUGAAUAUUUUGCAAGUCGGCGCAGGAAAAGGUCAAAUCACAGAGCACAUUGUCGAGUCAAUCAAAGGAGCCAAUGGCGAGUCAACUCCAUGGUUUUGGCUAUAUACAGCCAUCGACAGUCCUGGUUUUCUCGAAACCUUUCAUAAGAGGUUUCAGUCUUGGGGUCCAUACUUCAAAACAAUUUCAAUCAUUCCGGACCGGCCUUGGGAAGAACAGGGAUUGAGUGCGAACAGCUACGACUGCAUUCUGUUCAAUGCGGACAGCCAGGUUACAGCAGACAAUGCCAUCAGAAACGCAAAAGCAUGCCUCAAAUAUCAUGGGACAUUGAUCAUUCUCCAACGCGACAUCAGCGACGAUUCACUGGCCUUGUGGACAGAAAAACUGCAAAGUCAGCAGUUCACUGAUCCUAAUUAUCAACCCUCCAAAUGGUCAUAUAUCUACGGAGGCCCUUGGGGACCGAUUAUGGGCUUUGGGGUGAGAACGGAAUAUGCAACACUUCACGAGACUCAAACAAUGGACCUGAAAGGAAAACACUGCGUUGUUGCUUCUGACCUGGCUUGCCCUGUUCUGUUCGAUAUUGUACCGGAAGCCUUUCUACUGGUCAAGCGACUACUCCUCGAGUCAAAGAGUGUACUCUGGCUUACAUCUGGGGCAACGAUGGAAUGCAGCAACCCAAAGUCAGCGCUGGUGUCGGGAUUGUUCCGGGUCAUCUGGCAGGAGCAUCCAGAUAUAUCUUUGACGACUCUUGAUCUCGAAAGUUGUGGAGACAUACAGGAAAAUGUCGCCAUUAUCAUGGAGUUACUCCGAGCUGAGACAUCUGCGCAAAUUGAUCGCGAGUUCACCAUCCGUGACGGCCAUCUCAUGAUCCCACGCAUUCUACCGGACCAAGGCCUUAAUGAUCUUACCUCUACUCUUCGAGGAGGACCCAGGAUCGAACCAGAGCCGUUGAAGCAGAAAGGAAGAGCACUUACUCUCGACCUGGGAACGCCGGGGGACUUUGACUCAAUUUACUUUAGAGAUGACUUGAACUAUGAGGGGCCUCUAUCCAGCCACACUGUGGAGAUCGAAGUCAAGGCAGCUGGACUUAAUGCCACCGACGUCAUGUCGGUGCUUGAUAAAAUGAUGAAUCCUGCCCUUGGUCUUGAAUGCAGUGGCAUUGUUUCACGCGUCGGUCCAAAAGUCAAAAAAUACAAGCCAGGCGACAGGGUCUUCACAUGGUGUCCAGGGAGCUUCGCUAACUUUGUUCGAAGCCCGGAAUGCAUGGUGCAGCGCAUGCACAUUGGGAUGACGUUCCAAACAGCGGCUGCUCUCCCGGUAAGUUACUGCACUGCAUAUCAAGCGUUGGUAGAGUGCGCCCGACUCCAGACAGGAGAUAGGGUCCUCAUCCAUGCUGCCGCCGGCGGCGUUGGUCAGGCCGCAAUCAUGAUAGCCAAGAACCUGGGUGCAGAGGUCUACGCCACUGUCAGUUCUGAGGAGAAGAAAUUCCAUCUGAUGGAAACAUACGACCUGCCACAACAUCACAUCCUGUACAGCCGGGAUUUAAGUUUUUUCCAAGGUAUCCUGCGGAUCACGGAGGGGAAAGGCGUCAAUAUUGUACUCAACUCGCUGUCAGGGGAAGGUCUCCGACUGUCCUUCAUGAGCGUGGCUCCAUUUGGGAAGUUCAUCCAUAUCGGGCAAAAAGACAUCGGUGAGCGGAAUCUUGACAUGACCCCAUUUACGAAAAACAUUUCCUUCCACUCUGUCAACAUUCUAGAACUAUACCAAACAAGCCUUUCCUUAGCAGCAAAACUCUUCGGAAGCGCCAUGGAAUUUUACUACGAAUUUCAUUGUCAGCCAGCCGGUCCCCUCCACGUGUUGAACUUCUCAGAAAUCCCUCAUGGGUUGCGCCUUCUUCGUGGUGGCAAGCAAAUUGGGAAGGUGGUAUUGAAAGCAGGAGAUGCUGAUAUGGUGAUGGCAAUUCCGCCGCCAAUCAAGACCGCGCAGUUCCGGUCCAAUGCUACCUAUAUUGUUGUUGGUGGGUUUGGAGGCCUCGGGGAAUAUAUUGCCAAAUGGAUGGUGGAGCAUGGCGCGCAGCACUUGGUCCUUUUGUCGCGCAGGGGCGCAGAUCAUCCAGACGCUCGCAAGGUUUUGCAGAACCUCGCGGCAGCUGGGGCAAAUGUACAGGCAUUUAAAUGCGAUAUCAGCGACAUUGAAAGCGUAAAAAAGGUCAUGAAGCAGUGGGAGCUGGAGGGGUCCCGUCCAGUUCGUGGCAUCAUUCAGGCGGCAAUGACCCUUGCGGACGCGACAUUCAGACAAAUGACCCCGAAACAAUGGACAAUGAGCACUAAUACCAAAGCCCUCGGGACAUGGAAUCUGCACUGCACUUCGCCCAGAGACUUGGAUUUCUUCGUGAUGCUAUCCUCGGUGUCCGGAAUUAUUGGAUGGCGUGGUCAAGGGAACUAUGCCGCUGGAAAUACAUUUUUGGAUGCCCUUGCACACCACCGCCGUGCUCAGGGACUUCCCGCGGUAUCCAUAGAUGUGGGUGCAAUUUUUAACGUCGGAUAUGUUGCGCAAAAUGCCAAUAUGAAAGAGAGCAUGCGCUCUCUGGGACUAGUUGGCCUCGCUGGCGAUGAACUGAUUUGGAUUAUUCAAGUGGCGAUUGCUGGCCACAAUUCAACCGCCGCUCAGGUCAUACUGGGUCUUGCAACUGGUGGUUAUUUAGCAUCAAACGGACUUGAGGAACCAUACUGGUUCUCGAAUUCGAAAGUGAGUCAUCUCAGGCAAAUUGGAGCCACAGAACAAGGGACAGAUAUCAUUGGCCCAGGAUUAUCGGAGCAGCUCAACAAUGCUCCCAGUAUGGCUUCGGCGGCAGAGAUUGUGUUAAAUACGCUUCAAGCGAGGCUUGCCAAGCAGAUGAUGGUUGACUUGGAGGAUGUCGAUGCUUCCAGGCCUGUCAGUAGCUAUGGGGUAGAUAGCCUGACUGCGGUGGACAUUCGAGCUUGGAGCUUGAAGGAUGCCCAGGCGGACAUCUCAAUUCUGGAUAUUGUGAACACUGCCUCGAUUGGUUCUCUGGCGCAAGUCAUUGUGAAGAACUCGCGCCUUCUGGCGAGUCGGAAGUUGGAAGAUGAUGUAGUUAAAUGA